UUUUCGGGUAUUCAAAAUAGGGCCAUCAAUUGGGGCAACUGUGGAAUAUCCGUCUGGUUCAAAAGGGUGCGGUGCUCUGCCUGCCUAUCAUUUUCGAUGCAAUGUUGCCUGUUAAAAAUCUUUCGUGUCUAUCGUCUGAGUCCCCCUUAGUUGCCCCUCAUCUGGUUGACCAUAGAUGAUCGAUUCUCUAGCACGGAGAGCUGCCUUCACGGUGUUCCAUAGGAAGGCCCUAGUUGAGUUAUCGCAAGGCCGCCGAGAGGAGGAGAGACACCAUGAGCUACUCUUAAUCCUCGACGAUUGAUGCCCAAAACGUCGACCCCAGCACCCUGCAGAGAAACAGACAGCAUUCAUCCACUAACUCCGAUUUCGUCGAAAUCUUAGCUCACUGCCCCGCUUCUCCUUGGGGUCAGAUCGGGCCGCUUUGGAUAUUUCGUGUCCCUACCUCAAUACCCCACGCAAUGCUUUGGUGCAAGUCACGCUGACACAAAACACACGGUGGUAUUAUUGCGCAGUCCACAGCCCUCACCCCUAAUGAAAGGCGCGCUAAUUCAGACUUCCCUAUGUUGCUUCGAAUAAGACGGGCGCGCCAUUGUGGGAUGAGAGAAAAAAUGUGGAAGGGGUUAAUGCCUGGCGAGAAAUAUUCUGAUGGCAUCAUAACCGGAGCUGUUUCCACGUCACAGCAUUGUACUGUACUAUAAGUACGAGGAAGAAGUGGUGUGGGAAAGAAAAGGCGGGUUGGAUGCAGAAAGAAGAACUUGGCCUUGUCACUCCCUAUAAUCGUUGUCAGCUCUUUUCUAUAUCUUAUCUUUCCUCUCUCCCUGCAAAUCUACCCUUUCCGUGAGGUCUCGCUGGCACGUAUUCAGUUCCCCUAACAUCGCCCUUACUUUUAUCCCUUGUUACCACACGUAAUCCCUCAAUAGCAGGACGCCCCAAUGCCGCAACCACCCACACUUUUUCCAAAGCUCCAUGUUUCAACCAACCUUCCGGAGCUUCAUUCCGCUUCCAAUACGAUGGCAUCAUUUUCAGGCUUCGGCUCAUCGCAGCAUAUUGCUGAAGGCGGGACCCAGCAUCAAAUAUUUAGGGCGAAACGAAAACAUGUUCUGAAGGCUUGCGACCGUUGCAGGGUAAAAAAGACAAAGUGCGACGGAAACCAACCGUGUUACCGCUGUGCGGCGUACAACCAUCCAUGUCUAUUUCGUGAGCGAAAGGCGACGCAGACCAAGGCGUACUCAAGAGGCUUUGUCGAAAUGCUCGAGUCGCACCAUGAAUUGGUAGUGAAGGCGCUGCAGCAGUUAUACACCCAUUGCAUAAACAAUGAGUGCUUCCCAGGGGAUCCAAUCGAUCUUGUGGAUGGCAAUCCAUGCACCCACGCCAUUCUGGAUAGGCUAGGAUUGAUAAAACAAGCUGAAGAGGCCCCGGAGAAGAUAGCUGAUGAGACUUCAUCCCCUACAUUGUGCUGGAAAGGCCUCCCACAAUUGGCUGGCUCUGUCGUAACGGAUGAAUUGUCCCCAGAGCCUACCAGUUCAGUUGAAUUUUCUCCCUCAAGCAAGAGCGCUUCCGCAUCUCCAUCAGGGCCCGACUGCGUGAAGCUUGAACCAUCGAUUGGGGGACCUCAUGUUCCAUACUCAUUUUACCAUGGCAAUGCAAACGUAUGGCCAUUGCUGGCGACAGGUACUGAAUUUAACCAUUCAUACCCAGCUACUUUCGGAAUGGCGACUGAAUGUACCCCCAAUGAGCCAAAUGGUAGCCCAACUUAUCUUAGCAUUGAAACCGCAAAUUCAUUCAUGCCAACCGGAGAACGAGCUACGGGACUAUCGAGAUCGGAUCUGCAACUGGAUGGCAGUGUCACGAAUCCUCAUGCUAAUGUUCCUGGGCUGUACCACGGGCCAUACCACACCGGAGAUGGACAGUCUCUGUAUUCAUGGGCCCCUGGCAACUGGAAUCGAUGACAGAACUGACCUCUCUGGUUGUACAGCGGAGUAUGGUAAACUUGCGGGGUUUUUGGAUACGGGGUGACAAACAGCUCCCUCUGUCAUAAGCUUGCUCUCGCUUUCGCUGCGAACAGAUUUAUUCAGUGCGUUUCUCUUAUUUUCUCUGAUCUCGUUUUACCAGUCCCCAGCGCCGGUCGUUCUAUAAAUAUUCAACAAGGGGCAACUUAUUGGGAUUCUCAUACCGUAUAUUCUCAUUCCAUUUUACGAAUACACUUAGCCACUCGAACGGCACACGAAAUCCGAAACGAGGAAAUGGACCGGAGCUUCCAUCACGACGAUGGAUUGUGGCUGUGUAGAAGGACCACUGGAAAACUGUGGAGCGGGGAACCGCGCGAACGAUGCUUGAGAUCAUCUGGCGGGAUAUAGGCCCGAAGCUCGUGUUAUCCUUUUCAUUGUUCUUCUGGGGCUCUGUCGCAUUUCAUAUAUCUUUCUUUCGUGUGGUCCCGCCACAUUGUCGCACAUACCUUUCUUUUAUUGCAACAACAUUUGGAAUUGAUUCCUAUAUUCUCUCAUAUUCAACGUUUUGGUAUCAUCGCAUAUUGCAUAGGUGAAGGGAAAGCAUGUGGGAAAGCAUCGGAGUUUCUUUUUGGUGAUGGGGAAUCUACCAUCCGAGCAUUCGCCCCUCGUAGGGGACAUCAUGGCUGUCAGCUCGCUAUACAUAUAUAUAUUCUGCACAUUCAGCUAUACAUAUUUCAUGUGCCCGCGCACAAUAACCCCUACAUGUACCUGAAAUGUAUCAAUGGAUGGAGUUGGGUUCAAGGGUCGACACUGAUACAAGACGUGCAGUGUGGCAUACAUGAUGAAGCGGGUACGCCCUGUCCUAUCUUGGUUAAAUGGAACGGACAAGCGAAGAAAAGAGGUGUAGCGUGAACGGGAAAUGUGGCUAUGGCAACAGCAGGUUCAUGAUGGAAGGGAAAUGCGCAGUUAAUGGGAUAUACAGGGGCAAUAUCAUAGGUUGGGAGGUUGCUUGCACCAACCCAAUCGAUGCGCGUCAAAUUCCAACGAUAUCACGGCGCGGAAGCAGAGGAAAAAACUUUGCGGAGCGCAGAGUCAAGAGGAGGUGGAUUAUUCGAGAAAAGUAGCAUUAAGGGGCCGUCGAAUCCACAAGCUGCACAUGUACAGUACAAUGGUUAAGGAGACCUGGAAAGCAAAAGAAAAGGGGUGGUGACAAAGAGGAGCGAAGCGUAAACUUGAGGUCAAAAUAGAGAUUUUUACAGCCUUUCCUGCUCAAGGAUGGAGACUAGCUAGAAGUUCAAGUAGUCAAAUAUCAUCGCUCCACACAGGACUGGGAAAUGAACGGAAUUGAUAUCAUCAUGUAAAUAAGACCUGGACCCCACUUAGUUAGAUAUUGCCGGGAAAAAACAAAAAACACAAAACAACAAAACAAAACAGAACAAUCCCAAUGAGCUGGAUUCCG